AUGUGGGCCAAAUCAUUCGGUCUUUGCUUUCUUGCCCUGGGUUCAGACGUAUCUGCUGGCAUUCUGGGUCAACGCAGCACGGAUUCUUUCAGUCUCUAUGCAUAUGGGGAUAACAUCGGAGGCCUUCCGUUGUAUUACGCCGAUGGAAACGCUGUCAUUGCAAACCACACACCGGAUAACGCAACAGAUGUCGGCCAGGUCGCUUUCACGCCCGGGUCAUCUGGACCUCUAGUCGGCAACCCGACCAACGAGACCGACACCAGUGGAAAAAGAAGCAGCUCCGGCUCUUUCAGUAAUCAACAACUGUUUGUCCCAAGCGCCAAUUCUACGGACCAUCAGGUUGGUUUCACUACCAGCCCGUCAUCGGAGGAGGUUACAACCAAGUUUAUCUGGUACGGACAUUUCCUUUUGGUGGAGACAGACGACGGUGAAUACACUUCGUUGUUCUAUGCCAAGAAAAACAAAACCCAGGAAGGUGCGUAUUCUCUGCAGUGGAAUAUCACCGACGAUGAUGAGGAUGGGGAGUACUACUCUAUCUCCAUGAGAUCCAUUGCACCAUCGAACGCUUGA